AUGAAGAGCUUGGUGAGAAAGAAAAACACCUCGGAGAUAUAUGCAAUGAAAGUUAUGAGGAAGGACAAGAUAUUAGAGAAAAACCAUUCUGAGUAUAUGAAAGCCGAGAGAGAGAUAUUGACAAAAGUCGACCACCCUUUCAUAGUGCAGCUGAGGUACUCAUUUCAGACAAAAUAUCGACUUUACCUUGUCCUGGACUUCAUAAACGGGGGGCAUCUUUUCUUUCAGCUCUACAAGCAAGGAUUAUUUAGGGAGGAGCUUGCACGAAUCUAUACAGCUGAAAUUGUAUCUGCCGUAGCGCAUCUUCAUGCUAAUGGAAUUAUGCAUAGGGAUCUCAAGCCCGAAAACAUCCUUCUGGAUGCUGAUGGCCAUGCCAUGCUCACAGACUUUGGCCUUGCAAAGGAAUUCUGUGAAAAUACCAGAUCAAACUCGAUGUGUGGCACUCUUGAGUACAUGGCCCCGGAAAUUAUUCUUGGCCGGGGGCAUGAUAAGGCUGCUGACUGGUGGAGCGUGGGAAUCCUGCUCUUUGAAAUGCUUACAGGCAAGCCACCAUUUGUUGGGAAUAGGGACAAAGUUCAGCAGAAGAUUAUAAAAGAUAAACUGAAGCUUCCUUCAUUUUUGUCUAGUGAAGCUCAUUCCCUUCUGAAAGGCCUCCUGCACAAGGAACCCAACAGGCGGCUGGGCAGCAGCCCCGGAGGCAGCAAUGAGAUAAAGAACCACAAGUGGUUCAAGCCAAUCAAUUGGAGGAAGCUGGAGGCCCGGCAGAUCCAGCCGAGCUUUCGGCCGAAUGUUGCUGGGCUUACCUGCAUUGCCAACUUCGACGAGUGCUGGACGAAGACGCCCGUGCUGGACUCUCCGGUGACCACCCCCGCUGGCGGCGGGCACAGCCACUUCGCAGGCUUCACCUACGUCAGGCCUGCGCCUAUCCUUGAGGAGGUGAACGCAUCCAGCUCUAGGCUGAAGGACUAA